AUGAAGAACAAGGGAAUCAUAACUAUUAUAUGUUUUUUUGUAACUAUAAGAAACGGUUUAUCAAUUCGUUGUUAUGAAUGUAACAGCGCGAAUAACUCAAUGUGUUUGGACCCUUCGUCAUACGAUAAGGAGAGCCUUCAGAAGUAUCUACAAACUACGAAUUGUGAGAGAAGCUCGCUCCUGACUCAGGAUGUUGACAAAAAGAAUCUGUUUUGCAGAAAGAUUAUACAGACAAUUCUAUACAAGGGUCAUGAACCCGAGGUCCGCGUCACGCGAGGCUGUGGUUGGGUCAAACAUCGCAAGGAUUGCUACAAAGCUGACAACGAAGAUCAUUUAGAGACUGUGUGUCAAUGUUUCUCAGAUGACUGCAAUACUGGCACGGCUUUGACGUACAAUACAUUAAACAUAAAACCGUUAAGUCAGGAUCUCGAGUGGUCUCAGGAAGCGCCAGUCGGCGUGGAGGCCGCUCGGGACAUGGGCUCGGCUUGUGUUCCUAAUGACAUUGCGUCUUCAUCCAGCGAAGAGAGGGCCAUACGCCGCUGGCCCCCCGAGCACCCCCUGCCGCCGCCGCGUUGGGGGUCCCAACGCCCCGCUUUGCACCUCUCCCUCCAGAAUUACGAGGACCUGGUCGCCAAAGCCGAGGCGCUAUUGAGCCGACUAGUAGUAGCUGAAAACUACGACUCCGUUAACAACUUCAUCAGUCUCUACGACGCGUAUAUGUCAGCCCCUGAUGAUAGUCUCGCUGAAUUCUUCCCCAAAUACAACCCACCGAUCCGUCCCAGGAAGAACACUUGUGUGGGUCUGGGUAUGGAGGUGAUGAAGCGUUUGAAGGUUCUUGAGAAGGAUUUCCCCGGGAUCUCGAAGUCUAUGAUGCUGGUGUCGUGUGAUGAGAACAUCCAAGACCUUGUUGAUUAUACCACAUCCAGCCCGGGACCUCAAGGGUUCCUUAUAGAAACUGAGAAGGAUCACGUGAUGGUGGCCAUUCAUGUGAGGAUUGGUGGCCGAGCUGGGGUCUUCCUAUCUGACCUGGGUUACCACAUCUCUCGUGUCGUGACGGUCAUGGCUGACAGAUGCUACCCACAUACAGGUUGGUUCACUCAAUCAGACGAGCCACAUUGCCGCAAGGAGUACAACUAUCAGAUCAACACACUCAAUUCACACUACAUAGAGUGGCAUGAACGUGAGACAAGGGGACAGAGUGUUAAAGAAAGACUAUCACUCAUAUACUCUGGGAAGGCAUAUUUGAGUGCGGUAGCUGUUACCGAGAAGAGGAAUCUUGUGUGGGAUUUGAGGAGUCUCCUGGCUCGUAAUCCCAAAGGUCACUUAACAGCGGGUAUCUACUUCCCUUUGAAGAUUAAGGAACAGCAGUUCACCAUGUUCUUUGAUAGUCACAGCGGCAAACAGAGGAAGAAACUCAACUUUGAUACAUUCUUAGAACGACAGAAGAUCCCAGAUGAAGUAGUUGAUGAAGUAGAGCAAUGUAAUGAUCAGCUGAGGUUGAAGGACGGGGAAUUGUUGUGUAUCCUGAAACGACUGGCUACCAUCAUGGCUGACGAGGAAUACAUGACAGAAUUACUUGACAUCAACAACAAGAUUACAGAACUGUCAGCUGGGAAUUAA